AAAGAAAGAACGGAAAAAACCCUGGGGAAAAAUAACAAUGCUUUCAUGCCAGAUUCUCAUUGUGUAACGUCAAAAAACAACAUCCGUUUAUACAAAUCACCUGUCAACAUUGAAAAAAGGCGGUUGUAGCUGCUUGCUGAGCACAUUUUCAGGAGGCCGCUAAGCUAAGUGAUUUAUGACUUCUGUCCUCUAUUGCAUAAAUCGAGAGAUCUUCCUAAGAAAUGUCGAGUUUGAAAACCAUCCCAUUGACGGAAGAGGAAGAUGAGAGGCUAAGAAAACUUUACAAAGCUCAUCGAGAUCAUGGCCAGAGGUAUGUGAGAACGGUACCGGGAAACCAAAUCCUUGCUUACACGUUUGAGAAGUACAAGGAUGGUUUUGCAAACUUCAGUGUUCGCUCAGACGAUGUCUUCGUGUUUGGAUGGCCGAAGAAUGGAAGUGUUUGGCUUUCAGAGAUGGUCUGGUGCAUUAGGAACAAAUGCAAUUUUGCUGCAGCCAAAUCUGUUCCAGCUCAGUUCCGCUUCCCUUUCAUUGAUUUUGUAUUUAUGGCGGAAGCUUUCAAGAAUCUCUUACCGCUUGAAGAAUAUACAAAUAUUUUGAAACAGGUUAACAAAAUGGAAUCGCCAAGAACAAUCAGGUCUCAUUUGUGCUUUGAUGUGAUGCCAGAAGACAUGCUAGAGAAGAGCAAAGUUUUUAUCGUCAUACGCAACCCUAAAGACACAAUUGUCUCCUACUACCACCACGAACGACUGCUCAAAUUAUUUGAUUUUACUGGCGAUUUUGCAGCAUAUUUUGAUAACUUCAUGAACGGCCAUGUUGCUUGGGGUCCUUACUGGGAGUACACAAAAGAGGCUUGGAAAAGGAGAAACCACCCAAAUGUGUGUGUACUUUUUUACGAAGAGAUGAAGAGAGAUCUUAAAUCAUGCAUUGGUAAGGUUGCCGAUUUUUUGCAAAUCCAAUUGUCCAAGGAGGAAGAAAGACAGUUGGAAGAGCAUUUAAGUUUUGGCAGUAUGAAAGUGAACCCAUCCGUCAACCUUGAGGCCUUUAGAGACAUUAUCUUCAAUGACAUAGAGGGAGGUGGCUUUAUAAGAAAAGGAGAGGUUGGUGACUGGAAGAACUAUUUCACAGAAGAUAUGAAUAAACGGAUUGACGAGGCUGUAGCGGAGCAUUUUGACGGCCUAGGGUUGACAUUCACCUACGAAUUAUAAGAAACCCUUGCGCAGAUAUCUCUUGACAACUGAUAAUUUCACAAAAUAUGAUUUAACUUUGUCACUAUAGCAAAAUUUUAUGUUUUACUAGAGAUUUUAUAAUUAGUAGUAAUAUGUAAAGAAUGGGGAUAUUUUCAUCGUGGAUAAGAGGAAUCCAGGUCUGUUGUCA